GCCUCACCGGGGAUCGCGCCGGCCUGGAUACAUGGCGAGGCCAAUCGACGCGGCGACCCGGGGAGCCGAUUAGCCUUGAACGCUCAGUUGGCUCGUUCGCGCCUGGUAGCCACAUUCUGGCCGACGGAGCCCGCUGAGGAGAACAUCCAUGGACAUGGGCUCACACGAGGCUGCAUUUACAUAUACUGAAUCCCGACGCUCCAGUCUGUCGGCACUGUGACACCUGCCCGUCCUUCCCCAAAAUUUCCCCUUGUCUCAACGGCCUGCCGUACGUCACGAGCCAUGAAGCACUCAAUACCGCCUGAGGUAUGGGAGAAGAACAAGCCGGACAUCGUGUACUACUACGUAACUGAAGAAUGGCCGUUGAAACAAGUCAUCAAAAAGAUCCGCACCAAAGACUUCCAUCCUAGUGAGACCCAACUCCGCAGUCGACUAAAGAAAUGGCGGAUCACCAAGCCUUCGCGACGGACGCGCAAGAAGCCCCGAGAGCAGAAGCAGGAGGUAAAGGCGAAGAGCGAAGAUAACCAACCAGAGACUGCGUCUUCGACGGAAUCGAAACCACCAAUGGUCCCCGCGCUGCAUCCAUCGGCAGCACCAGUACAAGCACAGCAACCGCCGCUUUCAAUUUCAUCACAAACAGAAGGAUCGCAAAACCAGCUAUCAACAAAUACCGAAUGGUAUGAUCCGAACGAAUGGUUCAUCAAACAAGAGCAGUCGUCUCUUCAGAGUCCGGCGCCGUUCAGUGGACAGAAUAUGAAUAACCACUGGGUCUCCCCGAAACCACAACAGCCAGCCGUGAUCCAACAGAAUGGCAGCAAUCAAUACCACCAGAGUACGCCUGUCAUGCAACAGCAGUAUUCGACAGUACCCGCCGCUGUUACCCUUCCAUAUGACCAGAUCCAACCCGUCACAGCUGCGAGCAAUACUGUUGCGGUGACUGCAAUGCCGAUGAUGGCGCCCACAUAUAACGGUCAUACGUAUGCCGCCGCCCAGACUGGCGGUCCGUCAGACGUAGGGAUCAAUUCCUCCGCUCAAUGGCCCAAUGGGUCUCAGCAUAUUGAGAUGGAUCAAAGUUAUGUGGGUGGGUCGUAUCCUGCCAUGGAAGAACUUACAGCCUGGAGUGCCAACGCGAUGCCCCAAUAUUACAACAUGAGUGCGCCGAUUUCCUCCAUGACGGCCUACCCGAACCAGAUGCAGUCAAUACCGACGCAUGACUCCAGCCAAAUCGUUGCUCCACAGCAGCCUUUCUCGCCCUCUUCCUCGGCUGCUUCGCUGGACGACUUCAGCGCAGGAAAGACAUGGAGGCGUGCGUCAGAGUUCAAUAUGCAUAACCAUGUUAGAGUGGAUCGGCAGGGACGGCAGCGACGACCUGUGGCGGAUAGGAGACGACCGAAGCCUAUGCCUAUGAUGGAUACUAGUAUUAUGGCUAUGCCCGGUCAGCCGCAAUUUAUGGUUCACGAGCAACAUCCGAUGAUGUCUGCCAACAUGUAUCCGCACCCAGGACAGGAGCCUUUCGUGCACAAACCGCCUGGCUGCGGAUAGGUUCUGAUAGAUCAGCAGGCAACUGCUAUUCCCGACUCAAGUCUGAGGAGGCUGUGUCCUGCUGAUAUACCAUCCAUGGGGAGACUUUGCCAUAGGUACUAUACCGCU